GUGGGGCUGGACUGCGGAAGGGGGCGGGUUCGGAGGAGUGAACUGUGCCGUUAGUGUGUCUUUCAGCCUCACCUGCAGCUGCACCUCCCUGCACCUGCAUCUUUGCUUUCCUCCCUGCACAGCGACGCUGACUCGGAGUGUGUCGCUCGCUGCGCUCGUCAUGGCCUACCCGGGAUACGGAGGAGAGUUUGGAAAUUUUAACAUUCAGAUACCAGGAGCAGGUCCAGACGUGAUCCUUGGUGGAUUCUCUGGGUACCCAGCAUAUUCAGACCCUUAUUCCUCAGCUGAUGACCCCAUGUAUGCUUACUUCAGUGCUGUUGCUGGACAGGAUGGUGAAGUGGAUGCUGAAGAACUUCAGAGAUGUUUGACACAGUCUGGAAUUAGUGGAACUUAUUCUCCCUUCAGUUUGGAAACCUGUAGAAUUAUGAUUGCCAUGUUGGAUAGAGAUUACACAGGAAAAAUGGGAUUCAAUGAAUUCAAAGAGCUAUGGGCAGCUCUUAAUGCCUGGAAGCAAAACUUCAUGACUGUUGAUCAAGACCGAAGUGGCACAAUAGAACAUCAUGAGUUGAGAGAAGCCAUUGCUCUCAUGGGUUAUAGGCUGAGUCCUCAAACAUUAACUACUAUUGUUCAACGUUAUAGCAAGAAUGGCAGAAUUUUCUUUGAUGAUUAUGUUGCUUGCUGUGUGAAGCUUCGAGCAUUGACAGAUUUCUUUAGGAAAAGAGACCACUUGCGACAAGGGUUUGUGAAUUUCGUAUAUGAUGAUUUUUUGCAGGGCACUAUGGCAAUUUGAAUGUCUAGAAUUCUAAACCUGAAGAGACAUUGUGAAUUCUUUUGCUUGGAGGAAGUGGACUGGACUACUUCAAAAAUUUUAAGGCUUUUUCCAUGUUCUUCCUACCUGUUGAAUCUCUUCCCUUUCUAUGCAUUUUUAUUUUAGCAGGUAGUUCAAAGCAAUAAAAGAUUUUUUUUUUAAUUUGGAAUAUUACUGCUUUUGGAAAGUUACCAUUUUACAGAUAUGUGCAUAUUGUCAUAAAAUAUUUGUAUAUGAUUGAUUUAAAUAAUGCUUAGCCUUAAUUUUUAAUCAUGUAAACUUAGAGGAAUGUACUUAAAAGAUAGAUUGUAUAAGAAGUCAAAUGAUAAAAACCUAGAAAAAACUAAUUUAUACUUACCUGAAGGUUACAAAUUAGACUUUUAAAUUUUGUUUGCAGUUGGUGGUGUUUGAGGGUCAGCUAGAAAUGAAAGCCUGGAUUUUGUGCUAUGUUUGUAAUAUAGUUUGUUCCUUUGUAAUAUAGUUUGUUCCUUGAUCAAAUAAUCUGAAAGGAAACUUAGAGCUCUUUGUCUGCGAAGAAGAAAAUUAUCUCCCCAGUCAAAUCUGUGAUGAAAUAAGACUACAAAAGGCAUUAUUUUUCCUUUUUUUAUUUUUUGUAAUAUAUUUUUCUUCAGUAUGUUAUAUUGUCUUCUCUAAGCAAAAAGUUCUUAAUAAACAUAGUAUUUCUCUCUACACCCUGUUUCAUUAGUGAAGACAUAGUUCACCUAAAAUGGCAUCCUCCUCUAAAUCUAGACUUUUUGGAAAUGGCACAUACGAUUGAUGAAAUCAACAUUCAAAUUUGUCCUAACUAAAUUAACCACUCUAAUUGUUCAGAAAUUAUACAUUUGACUUAUUUGACAUUAGUGGUGUCUUUGCCAUUAAAAAUACCAGUAAAUAUUUUGAGUGCAUCUAAGUAAUCUGGGGUUUUGAGCAUAGUAGACACCACAGCAAUUUUUCUGAGUGAUAUUAAAACUGUCAAAAAUGCAAAGUAGAAUCACCAGAUCUUUAGUGCUUAAUAUCCCUAGUAUAAGAUGUUACAAUUAAUGUGAUUUAUUUCUUGCCAAACACCUUGUGUCUUGGUGAAGAUUUAAUAAACUACAUAUUUUUCUUAUGCUUUAAAUGAGUAUCUUCCAGCUAACAGUGAGUGACAUAAUUUUAUGACUGUUGACCAAAUUAAUUUAUAUAUUUUAUAAAAUCCCAUUUUCUUAAUGGAUGGAGGAUAGACGACAAUAUCUUGAACAAAACCUUUCAUAAACUUACAGAAUUUUAAAUCAGCUUUCACUUUAAAAAAAUCCUGGAAAGGAAGUGAUACAUAGUCACUUGACACUAAUAAUUUUAUAUAAUUUGCUGUCAAAUUCACUUGGUCAGUUUUAUAAAAAUGUGUGAGUUAGUAAUCCACGUAAUUUUGUUCUGUGGCUUUUUUUUUCAUUAAGAUAUAUUUAAUCAUGUGAGAGGACAUAAACUGAGUUAAUUUUUAAAAAAAACAGAAUUAUAAGUGUUGUAGGAAAAAGCAGAUGUAAAAACACCAUGUGUUGUUCACAUUGAAUGGUGAUAAUGUGGCUCAGCAACAUGUAAUCUUAACAUCCAGGUUAUAUGAUGGUCUUUUCUGAACUAUCCUGAGGUUAAUUAUGAUUAUCUCUCUUACUUGGAGGCUCACAGUUGAGGUAAAACUUUUAAAAUGACAAACGGUAUUAUUCAUGCAAAUUUCUGCCAAAUGACACUCUGUAUUAGACCUCUUUAACACAAUUCUCAUCUAAAAAUGUUCCUAUGACUUUUGGUCAUAGGAGGUCUAUGAAGGAGCUUCCAUGGUCAAACAUAUUUAGAAACUCUCACCUUAUAAACUUGAUAAUGUAUAUUAGUGUCUGAAAACCCAAGGUUAAUAAAAUCGGUCAUGUUUAAUUUUAUUUGACCCAGUUUUUUUUCCAAAUUUUUUGACCACAGAACCCCUUUCUGUAGCAAAACUAACAUUCUGUGCUGAUCCAACUCAAUUGCCAGGCAACUCUUCUGUACUUUUCAUUAGAUAGACAAACGUUUAUUAACAGAAACAUUGGGCCUAGAGAAUAUUUUACUAGAAUUUUUAUACUGAAGUACAGUUCACCUUUUUGAUGGUUUAAAAAUAACUGAUAUAAAUAUUUGUUAUUAAAGAUUAAAUAGUUUUAUGAUGAACACAACUGCAAUAUGAAUAUGGUAUAAUGUUAUACCAUACCAGUUUUUUUAUGAUGAUGUAAAUUAUUGAAUAAUGUACACUCUUAAUGUAUAAGUGCUUUUAUUUAUACAGUUAACAUGUUUCCAUGUCAUUUUGAGAAUUUUUUUAAUAAACAUUCAAAUAGCUUGCUGUAAAGUUUCAUAUCAUACAAAAUCUGUUACAUAUAUAUUAUGAGAUGCUUCAGUUCAAAUAACAGUGCAGUAAUUCACCUCUAACUAAAACACUGCCAAAUGAUUAAGUGUCAUGUAUUGCACUUCUAUUUUGAGUGGCAGUUUACACAUUUUAAAUUACAUCAAGGGUAAAUCAAUACUAUGGAAAUCUUAAUUUGGUCCACUUAAAUGUAAUUUCAAGGAUUUCUCAUUUGAUCUAUUUAAGCAUGCAUCCAGAAAAAAGUAACAAAAAAUGUAGUCAAGUUACGUUUAUUUCCAAAAAAAGGCAUUUAACCUAGAA